UGGGAGACCUGAACACGUGGUAAAACCAGCAGAGCCACCUGAGGGGAGUGGGGUCCCGCCCGAGCUAAGGGGGCGGUCCGGGCAGCCUGCAUCCCUGGCGCCGCCCAGGCGCCACGCCCUCCAGCGCUCCCUGGCUCCAUUUUACCGAAAAGCGGGCUAGGGUGUGACGCUGCUCCCUGGUUCAGAAUGUCAUACCCGGGCUAUCCCCCGACAGGCUACCCACCUUUUCCCGGAUAUCCUCCCGCAGGUCAGGAGUCCUCUUUUCCCCCUGCGGGUCAGUAUCCUUAUCCUAGUGGCUUUCCACCAAUGGGAGGAGGUGCUUACCCACCAGCACCAAGCGGUGGCUACCCAGGAGCUGGAAGUUAUCCUACACCCGGCGGCGGCGGUUAUCCAGCCCCUGGGGGCUAUCCUAGCACCCUAAACCCAGGGGGCGCUCCGGCUUAUCCUGGAGGCCAAGGCUUUGGGGCCCCUCCCGGUGGAGCAGGUUUUUCUGGCUACCCACAGCCACCUGCACAGUCGUACGGUGGAGGACCUGCCCAGGUUCCAGUGCCAGGUGGCUUUCCUGGGGGACAGAUGCCGUCCCAGUAUCCUGGAGGACAAGCUCCUUACCCUAGCCAGAUUACUACAGAGUCCUUCCCUUCCUAUCCCGCUUUCUCUCCUGUCUCUUUGGAUUAUAGCAGUGAUCCUUCUGCGAUGACUCAGGGCACCCAAGGGACGAUCCGACCAGCCUCCAACUUUGACGCUAUGAGAGAUGCAGAAAUUCUCCGCAAAGCAAUGAAGGGGUUUGGGACCGACGAGCAAGCAAUUGUGGACGUUGUGUCCAACCGUUCCAAUGACCAGAGGCAACAAAUUAAAGCAGCUUUUAAGACCAUGUAUGGCAAGGAUUUAAUUAAAGAUCUCAAGUCAGAGUUAAGUGGAAAUAUGGAAGAAUUAAUCCUUGCCCUCUUCAUGCCUCCCACGUACUAUGAUGCCUGGAGUUUACGGAAAGCAAUGCAGGGAGCAGGAACUCAAGAACGUGUAUUGAUAGAGAUUUUGUGCACAAGAACAAAUCAAGAAAUUCGAGACAUUGUUAGAUGUUACCAAUCAGAGUUUGGGCGAGACCUUGAGAAAGACAUUAGAUCAGAUACCUCAGGACAUUUUGAACGUCUGCUUGUGUCCAUGUGCCAGGGAAACCGUGAUGAAAAUCAGAGUGUAAACCACCAGCUGGCUCAGGAAGACGCUCAGCGCCUCUAUCAGGCUGGUGAGGGGAAGCUAGGGACAGAUGAAUCCUGCUUCAACAUGAUCCUCGCCACCAGAAGCUUCCCGCAGCUGAGAGCCACCAUGGAGGCCUAUUCCAGGAUGGCCAAUCGAGAUUUGCUGAGCAGCGUAAGCCGAGAAUUCUCUGGAUAUAUUGAAAGUGGUUUGAAGACCAUCUUGCAGUGCGCCCUCAGCCGGCCCGCCUUCUUCGCUGAACGGCUGUACAACUCCAUGAGGGGUGUGGGCACAGAUGACUCCACGCUGGUCAGGAUUGUGGUCACUCGCAGUGAGAUUGACCUUGUUCAGAUAAAGCAGAUGUUCACCCAGAUGUAUCAGAAAACCCUAAGCACAAUGAUCGCAAGUGACACGAGUGGCGAUUACAGGAAGCUGCUUCUGGCCAUUGUUGGCCAGUGAGAAGGAUUUUUUUUUUUAAUGAAUGAAGCUAUUCAG